CAUGUCUUAUCUGUGUCCGGUGUCGAGUAUCGUUGUUAGUUGAACGAAUUUUUAUCUUGCCGUUAUUUCUCGUUGAUCAUUUCGUGAAAAAGUUAAUUAUUUAUACAAUACCUUUUGUUUACAUGAAGAUACAACUAUCGUCAUGACGACCGCGUUGUAUUUAGAGCAUUAUCUCGACAGUCUCGAGCAUUUGCCAAUUGAAUUACAAAGGAAUUUUACACUAAUGCGUGACUUAGAUGCUAGAGCGCAAGGUCUUAUGAAAGAUAUCGAUAAACUAGCAGAUGAUUAUUUGAGGAAUAUGAAGAAGGAAUUACCAGAAAAGAAAAAAGAACAACUCGCUCAUAUACAAAGUCUCUUUAACAAGGCUAAGGAAUAUGGAGAUGACAAGGUCCAACUAGCUAUCCAAACUUACGAAUUAGUCGACAAGCACAUCAGACGACUGGAUUCAGAUCUGGCAAGAUUUGAGGCAGAGAUACAGGACAAAACAUUAAACAGUAAUAGAGCACAGGAGGAGAGCAAUGCUAGCAAAAAGGGUAGGAAGAAACUCAAGGAGAAGGAGAAGAGGAAAAAGGGUACGGUAGUUAGCAGUGAGGAUGAAGCUAAGAAUGCAAGAAAGAAACAGAAGAAAGGUGGCUCAGUAGCUUCAGCAUCGUCCACUGGUGUUGUGGGAAGUGGCGCCCAGGUAGAUGCAACAGCACUCGGCCAUCCAGCCGACGUUCUUGACAUGCCUGUCGAUCCUAACGAACCGACUUACUGUCUUUGUCAUCAAGUAUCAUAUGGAGAAAUGAUUGGUUGUGAUAAUCCAGAUUGCCCUAUAGAAUGGUUCCACUUCGCCUGUGUGGGGUUAACAACAAAACCUAAAGGAAAAUGGUAUUGUCCCAAAUGUACGCAAGAUCGCAAAAAGAAAUAAAUGGAAAUGAUUAUCACCUA